UUAACUUAAUGCCAGAUUUCAUGAUUAGAUGUUGUUUGUUUUUCAAAAGCUCAGAUUAAAUUUAAUAAAACCGCCUGCACAGUUGUUCUCUGGCAUCUUAGCGGACACCUCUGCCGCGGGGUCCUUCUACUAACAGGAAGAGAAGAUGACCGUCCACAACUUGUACAUAUUUGACCGGAAUGGAAACUGUCUGUAUUAUAACGAGUGGAACCGGAAGAAGCAGGCGGGGAUCUCCAAGGAGGAGGAGUUUAAGCUGAUGUACGGGAUGCUGUUCUCCAUCCGCUCGUUCGUCAGCAAGAUGUCUCCUCUGGACAUGAAGGAGGGCUUCCUGUCCUUUCAGACCAGCAAGUAUCGUCUUCAUUACUACGAGACUCCCAGUGGACUCAAGUUCGUCAUGAACACCGACCUGUCAGUGACCAACGCCAGAGACACACUGCAGCACAUUUACAGCAACUUGUAUGUGGAGUACAUCGUGAAGAACCCGGUGUGUGUGCUGGGCCACAGUUUGGACAGUGAACUGUUCAGCAGCCGACUGGACGCCUUCAUCAGAGCUCUGCCGUACUACAGCCCACGAGCCGCCUAACACACACACACACACACACUCACACUAACACACACACACUCACUCACACUAACACACACUCUAACACACUCACUCACUCGAACACAGCUUCUUGUAUUUAUUGUGAACAGUCUGGUUUUGUAUUUUGCUCCUGACUCUGUUGAAUUAAACUGAUGUAGAAACUC